CGAAUGAGAACGCUUAUCCAUAGCCUAGAUCUCCUGAGAGCAAUCGCAGGAAGCAAGUCGCAAGCUCUUCCAUUGGCUCGCCGUCGUUGAUCUUCCAGGCUCGAUCCUCGUGGUCUUUGUUCUGUUCAGGGAUCCCCUUGCUAGAUCUUGUCUCGGUCGAAUCUCUAUAAUUCUACUUCGUUUCCCAUCCAUUUCCCCUCAUAGUCCAACACUUAGAACAGAGGACCGCCCGAGAGAGUGAACUAGAUCCCUAGAAGCUAGCCCUAGCCUGAAUUAGACAGAAGCAGCGCAAUGCUCAUGGCCUCUCGUUGCUUCGCGGAGCGUUCCGACCCAAAGCCAGCGGCGACCCUUUCAAGGGGUCCCCUUCUACCAGCCUCCUCUCUCAUCCAGCUCCAAACGCCCCGGCGCUGCCUCCAAAAUGCUGGCUCCUCUUCUUGGGCCAGCCUCGACCUACCUACGUCAGCUAUAUACUUUAGCUAGCUAGUGACAGCCCUAAGACUGGGCAGCCUCUACCUAUUCGCCUCUAGAUAUUGCCUACUUUAAAAGGGGGCUUUAGUCCAAAGGGUAGAGGCUUUGGAUAUAGUUGAGAAGUAUACUGCUGGCCCCGUCAUAAUGGGGCGACUGUGUCUAGUAUCCCCGGAGGUGUAAACUUGCGCGCAACACCAGAAGGGCUUCGCGAGUCCAACGGAUGGAAGACCUUACGCAGUAGGACUUUAGGGAAAGGCCGCCCCGGAUCCCAGACCUUGCCCCGGAAUAUUAGCACAAUCUUGACGAACAUCAUGCGCAACAGGAAGGGGAGUGGCGCCAAGUUCUUAGAGAGCGCCUCGGAGUUCGCACCUUCUCACUGGACCGCAUCGACCGCGUCGGGUGUGCUCUUCUCACGUGCUGCGGUCUCUUUUUUGAUCUGCUCCCCCGUUGCGUCUCCUGGGAUGGCGCUGCUAUAGGCUUUGCGCUUCGAAUCUUGUCCCUUGUCGGUGUCGUCUUGUUUCGCAUCUGGUGCGUCUUGUGCCGCGCCAUCUAUUUGGGUCAUACGGACUCGAACGCGUUGAGGCUGUUCGCUCCCCUGUGGAGACGUCUCUUAGAACGAGCAUCGGGUGGGGGACUCUGCUGCUCUUAUCCGUAAGGGUGCAGCUAAACCGAACCCCUUGCGCAAGGUCCGCGAGAGAGAACACCAUCGGAGAGCCCGGCACUGACACCAUAGCGGUGAAGCUCACGCGCGUGGGUUCAUUCUGCGCGCGUGGGUUCAUUCUGCGCGCGUGGGUUCAUUCUGCGCGCGUGGGUUCAUUCUGCGCGCGUGGGUUCAUUCUGCGCGCGUGGGUUCAUUCUGCGCGCGUGGGUUCAUUCUGCGCGCGUGGGUUCAUUCUGCGCGCGUGGGUUCAUUCUGCGCGCGUGGGUUCAUUCUGCGCGCGUGGGUUCAUUCUGCGCGCGUGGGUUCAUUCUGCGCGCGUGGGUUCAUUCUGCGCGCGUGGGUUCAUUCUGCGCGCGUGGGUUCAUUCUGCGCGCGUGGGUUCAUUCUGCGCGCGUGGGUUCAUUCUGCGCGCGUGGGUUCAUUCUGCGCGCGUGGGUUCAUUCUGCGCGCGUGGGUUCAUUCUGCGCGCGUGGGUUCAUUCUGCGCGCGUGGGUUCAUUCUGCGCGCGUGGGUUCAUUCUGCGCGCGUGGGUUCAUUCUGCGCGCGUGGGUUCAUUCUGCGCGCGUGGGUUCAUUCUGCGCGCGUGGGUUCAUUCUGCGCGCGUGGGUUCAUUCUGCGCGCGUGGGUUCAUUCUGCGCGCGUGGGUUCAUUCUGCGCGCGUGGGUUCAUUCUGCGCGCGUGGGUUCAUUCUGCGCGCGUGGGUUCAUUCUGCGCGCGUGGGUUCAUUCUGCGCGCGUGGGUUCAUUCUGCGCGCGUGGGUUCAUUCUGCGCGCGUGGGUUCAUUCUGCGCGCGUGGGUUCAUUCUGCGCGCGUGGGUUCAUUCUGCGCGCGUGGGUUCAUUCUGCGCGCGUGGGUUCAUUCUGCGCGCGUGGGUUCAUUCUGCGCGCGUGGGUUCAUUCUGCGCGCGUGGGUUCAUUCUGCGCGCGUGGGUUCAUUCUGCGCGCGUGGGUUCAUUCUGCGCGCGUGGGUUCAUUCUGCGCGCGUGGGUUCAUUCUGCGCGCGUGGGUUCAUUCUGCGCGCGUGGGUUCAUUCUGCGCGCGUGGGUUCAUUCUGCGCGCGUGGGUUCAUUCUGCGCGCGUGGGUUCAUUCUGCGCGCGUGGGUUCAUUCUGCGCGCGUGGGUUCAUUCUGCGCGCGUGGGUUCAUUCUGCGCGCGUGGGUUCAUUCUGCGCGCGUGGGUUCAUUCUGCGCGCGUGGGUUCAUUCUGCGCGCGUGGGUUCAUUCUGCGCGCGUGGGUUCAUUCUGCGCGCGUGGGUUCAUUCUGCGCGCGUGGGUUCAUUCUGCGCGCGUGGGUUCAUUCUGCGCGCGUGGGUUCAUUCUGCGCGCGUGGGUUCAUUCUGCGCGCGUGGGUUCAUUCUGCGCGCGUGGGUUCAUUCUGCGCGCGUGGGUUCAUUCUGCGCGCGUGGGUUCAUUCUGCGCGCGUGGGUUCAUUCUGCGCGCGUGGGUUCAUUCUGCGCGCGUGGGUUCAUUCUGCGCGCGUGGGUUCAUUCUGCGCGCGUGGGUUCAUUCUGCGCGCGUGGGUUCAUUCUGCGCGCGUGGGUUCAUUCUGCGCGCGUGGGUUCAUUCUGCGCGCGUGGGUUCAUUCUGCGCGCGUGGGUUCAUUCUGCGCGCGUGGGUUCAUUCUGCGCGCGUGGGUUCAUUCUGCGCGCGUGGGUUCAUUCUGCGCGCGUGGGUUCAUUCUGCGCGCGUGGGUUCAUUCUGCGCGCGUGGGUUCAUUCUGCGCGCGUGGGUUCAUUCUGCGCGCGUGGGUUCAUUCUGCGCGCGUGGGUUCAUUCUGCGCGCGUGGGUUCAUUCUGCGCGCGUGGGUUCAUUCUGCGCGCGUGGGUUCAUUCUGCGCGCGUGGGUUCAUUCUGCGCGCGUGGGUUCAUUCUGCGCGCGUGGGUUCAUUCUGCGCGCGUGGGUUCAUUCUGCGCGCGUGGGUUCAUUCUGCGCGCGUGGGUUCAUUCUGCGCGCGUGGGUUCAUUCUGCGCGCGUGGGUUCAUUCUGCGCGCGUGGGUUCAUUCUGCGCGCGUGGGUUCAUUCUGCGCGCGUGGGUUCAUUCUGCGCGCGUGGGUUCAUUCUGCGCGCGUGGGUUCAUUCUGCGCGCGUGGGUUCAUUCUGCGCGCGUGGGUUCAUUCUGCGCGCGUGGGUUCAUUCUGCGCGCGUGGGUUCAUUCUGCGCGCGUGGGUUCAUUCUGCGCGCGUGGGUUCAUUCUGCGCGCGUGGGUUCAUUCUGCGCGCGUGGGUUCAUUCUGCGCGCGUGGGUUCAUUCUGCGCGCGUGGGUUCAUUCUGCGCGCGUGGGUUCAUUCUGCGCGCGUGGGUUCAUUCUGCGCGCGUGGGUUCAUUCUGCGCGCGUGGGUUCAUUCUGCGCGCGUGGGUUCAUUCUGCGCGCGUGGGUUCAUUCUGCGCGCGUGGGUUCAUUCUGCGCGCGUGGGUUCAUUCUGCGCGCGUGGGUUCAUUCUGCGCGCGUGGGUUCAUUCUGCGCGCGUGGGUUCAUUCUGCGCGCGUGGGUUCAUUCUGCGCGCGUGGGUUCAUUCUGCGCGCGUGGGUUCAUUCUGCGCGCGUGGGUUCAUUCUGCGCGCGUGGGUUCAUUCUGCGCGCGUGGGUUCAUUCUGCGCGCGUGGGUUCAUUCUGCGCGCGUGGGUUCAUUCUGCGCGCGUGGGUUCAUUCUGCGCGCGUGGGUUCAUUCUGCGCGCGUGGGUUCAUUCUGCGCGCGUGGGUUCAUUCUGCGCGCGUGGGUUCAUUCUGCGCGCGUGGGUUCAUUCUGCGCGCGUGGGUUCAUUCUGCGCGCGUGGGUUCAUUCUGCGCGCGUGGGUUCAUUCUGCGCGCGUGGGUUCAUUCUGCGCGCGUGGGUUCAUUCUGCGCGCGUGGGUUCAUUCUGCGCGCGUGGGUUCAUUCUGCGCGCGUGGGUUCAUUCUGCGCGCGUGGGUUCAUUCUGCGCGCGUGGGUUCAUUCUGCGCGCGUGGGUUCAUUCUGCGCGCGUGGGUUCAUUCUGCGCGCGUGGGUUCAUUCUGCGCGCGUGGGUUCAUUCUGCGCGCGUGGGUUCAUUCUGCGCGCGUGGGUUCAUUCUGCGCGCGUGGGUUCAUUCUGCGCGCGUGGGUUCAUUCUGCGCGCGUGGGUUCAUUCUGCGCGCGUGGGUUCAUUCUGCGCGCGUGGGUUCAUUCUGCGCGCGUGGGUUCAUUCUGCGCGCGUGGGUUCAUUCUGCGCGCGUGGGUUCAUUCUGCGCGCGUGGGUUCAUUCUGCGCGCGUGGGUUCAUUCUGCGCGCGUGGGUUCAUUCUGCGCGCGUGGGUUCAUUCUGCGCGCGUGGGUUCAUUCUGCGCGCGUGGGUUCAUUCUGCGCGCGUGGGUUCAUUCUGCGCGCGUGGGUUCAUUCUGCGCGCGUGGGUUCAUUCUGCGCGCGUGGGUUCAUUCUGCGCGCGUGGGUUCAUUCUGCGCGCGUGGGUUCAUUCUGCGCGCGUGGGUUCAUUCUGCGCGCGUGGGUUCAUUCUGCGCGCGUGGGUUCAUUCUGCGCGCGUGGGUUCAUUCUGCGCGCGUGGGUUCAUUCUGCGCGCGUGGGUUCAUUCUGCGCGCGUGGGUUCAUUCUGCGCGCGUGGGUUCAUUCUGCGCGCGUGGGUUCAUUCUGCGCGCGUGGGUUCAUUCUGCGCGCGUGGGUUCAUUCUGCGCGCGUGGGUUCAUUCUGCGCGCGUGGGUUCAUUCUGCGCGCGUGGGUUCAUUCUGCGCGCGUGGGUUCAUUCUGCGCGCGUGGGUUCAUUCUGCGCGCGUGGGUUCAUUCUGCGCGCGUGGGUUCAUUCUGCGCGCGUGGGUUCAUUCUGCGCGCGUGGGUUCAUUCUGCGCGCGUGGGUUCAUUCUGCGCGCGUGGGUUCAUUCUGCGCGCGUGGGUUCAUUCUGCGCGCGUGGGUUCAUUCUGCGCGCGUGGGUUCAUUCUGCGCGCGUGGGUUCAUUCUGCGCGCGUGGGUUCAUUCUGCGCGCGUGGGUUCAUUCUGCGCGCGUGGGUUCAUUCUGCGCGCGUGGGUUCAUUCUGCGCGCGUGGGUUCAUUCUGCGCGCGUGGGUUCAUUCUGCGCGCGUGGGUUCAUUCUGCGCGCGUGGGUUCAUUCUGCGCGCGUGGGUUCAUUCUGCGCGCGUGGGUUCAUUCUGCGCGCGUGGGUUCAUUCUGCGCGCGUGGGUUCAUUCUGCGCGCGUGGGUUCAUUCUGCGCGCGUGGGUUCAUUCUGCGCGCGUGGGUUCAUUCUGCGCGCGUGGGUUCAUUCUGCGCGCGUGGGUUCAUUCUGCGCGCGUGGGUUCAUUCUGCGCGCGUGGGUUCAUUCUGCGCGCGUGGGUUCAUUCUGCGCGCGUGGGUUCAUUCUGCGCGCGUGGGUUCAUUCUGCGCGCGUGGGUUCAUUCUGCGCGCGUGGGUUCAUUCUGCGCGCGUGGGUUCAUUCUGCGCGCGUGGGUUCAUUCUGCGCGCGUGGGUUCAUUCUGCGCGCGUGGGUUCAUUCUGCGCGCGUGGGUUCAUUCUGCGCGCGUGGGUUCAUUCUGCGCGCGUGGGUUCAUUCUGCGCGCGUGGGUUCAUUCUGCGCGCGUGGGUUCAUUCUGCGCGCGUGGGUUCAUUCUGCGCGCGUGGGUUCAUUCUGCGCGCGUGGGUUCAUUCUGCGCGCGUGGGUUCAUUCUGCGCGCGUGGGUUCAUUCUGCGCGCGUGGGUUCAUUCUGCGCGCGUGGGUUCAUUCUGCGCGCGUGGGUUCAUUCUGCGCGCGUGGGUUCAUUCUGCGCGCGUGGGUUCAUUCUGCGCGCGUGGGUUCAUUCUGCGCGCGUGGGUUCAUUCUGCGCGCGUGGGUUCAUUCUGCGCGCGUGGGUUCAUUCUGCGCGCGUGGGUUCAUUCUGCGCGCGUGGGUUCAUUCUGCGCGCGUGGGUUCAUUCUGCGCGCGUGGGUUCAUUCUGCGCGCGUGGGUUCAUUCUGCGCGCGUGGGUUCAUUCUGCGCGCGUGGGUUCAUUCUGCGCGCGUGGGUUCAUUCUGCGCGCGUGGGUUCAUUCUGCGCGCGUGGGUUCAUUCUGCGCGCGUGGGUUCAUUCUGCGCGCGUGGGUUCAUUCUGCGCGCGUGGGUUCAUUCUGCGCGCGUGGGUUCAUUCUGCGCGCGUGGGUUCAUUCUGCGCGCGUGGGUUCAUUCUGCGCGCGUGGGUUCAUUCUGCGCGCGUGGGUUCAUUCUGCGCGCGUGGGUUCAUUCUGCGCGCGUGGGUUCAUUCUGCGCGCGUGGGUUCAUUCUGCGCGCGUGGGUUCAUUCUGCGCGCGUGGGUUCAUUCUGCGCGCGUGGGUUCAUUCUGCGCGCGUGGGUUCAUUCUGCGCGCGUGGGUUCAUUCUGCGCGCGUGGGUUCAUUCUGCGCGCGUGGGUUCAUUCUGCGCGCGUGGGUUCAUUCUGCGCGCGUGGGUUCAUUCUGCGCGCGUGGGUUCAUUCUGCGCGCGUGGGUUCAUUCUGCGCGCGUGGGUUCAUUCUGCGCGCGUGGGUUCAUUCUGCGCGCGUGGGUUCAUUCUGCGCGCGUGGGUUCAUUCUGCGCGCGUGGGUUCAUUCUGCGCGCGUGGGUUCAUUCUGCGCGCGUGGGUUCAUUCUGCGCGCGUGGGUUCAUUCUGCGCGCGUGGGUUCAUUCUGCGCGCGUGGGUUCAUUCUGCGCGCGUGGGUUCAUUCUGCGCGCGUGGGUUCAUUCUGCGCGCGUGGGUUCAUUCUGCGCGCGUGGGUUCAUUCUGCGCGCGUGGGUUCAUUCUGCGCGCGUGGGUUCAUUCUGCGCGCGUGGGUUCAUUCUGCGCGCGUGGGUUCAUUCUGCGCGCGUGGGUUCAUUCUGCGCGCGUGGGUUCAUUCUGCGCGCGUGGGUUCAUUCUGCGCGCGUGGGUUCAUUCUGCGCGCGUGGGUUCAUUCUGCGCGCGUGGGUUCAUUCUGCGCGCGUGGGUUCAUUCUGCGCGCGUNGCGCGCGUGGAUUCAUUCUGCGCGCGUGGAUUCAUUCUGCGCGCGUGGAUUCAUUCUGCGCGCGUGAAUUCUGUGCGUUAGUUGCAAGCUCGAGGGCCUAAAACUGGCCUGCGUUCCUUUCGUCAUUUGGUAGCUUGGGCCUGGCGGUUUCGUGGUGCUUCUGGUUUUCUUGUUUGGCUGCUUGGUUUUGAGGAUUUGGCGCGCUGCGGUUUUGGUUGCGUAGUUUGCUGAGUUUGGGCAUUUGGUUCCCUUUCUAUAUGGCACAACUCAGCCGACUCGUUUAGUUUACUGGGCUUCGCUGUUUAGCCGCUUCGCUAAGCGGUGAAGCUCAGUCCCCUGCCUGGCCGUCACUAUUCGGCACUGGCCGCCACGAAUAUCCCAGCGAACGCCACGCAACUUAACUACAAAACCCAGCAGACCGGGCGUGGGAUAGCGCGUAGCUUGCUGAGUUUCGUAGUUCGGUGGCGUUCGCUGGGAUACUGGUGGCGAAUAGUGGACUGGGUUUGGCCAUUGGGUCGCGGUGUCCGCCGCGACUAAAGUGCCAAGCCCAAGCAACGAAAGUCCAAAAUUUGGGCCACUAGGUUGGUGGCCGAGUUUGGUAGUUUAGUAGCACCAAGAGGGUUCUUCGGGUUUUUUUUCUAGUAGUUGGGAGCUUGUGGCGCUAAUUCUGCGCGCUAAUUCUGCGCGCUAAUUCUGCGCGCUAAUUCUGCGCGCUAAUUCUUGCGCGCUAAUUCCUUCGGCCGCGCCUCUUUCUAAUUCGGCGGGAUGUGUUUCCCGCCGGAGUGUCUUGUUUUUUUACUCAAAAAAUGGCGCGGGAGGGUGACUUUAGUUGCCUUCUGGGGGUCUCGCAACCCCUCUAGAAUUCUUCUAGUUCGAUGCUCUAGCUUGGUGCUCCAAUUUUGCACGACCCGCCCCAAAGGCUUGCGCGUUUUUGCUUACGCAUAUUGGGGCGCGGCAAAUUAGGGCGCCAAACUAGGGCAGCGAACCUGCUAGGAGAAUUGGCUGGCUCUACCUAGAGGGGCUUCGAGGAGCCCCAGAAAACCAAACGAGAGCAACGCGCUAGCAACUUUUUGAGCGGGUUCGCCGCGGUGCACUCCGCCGGGCUCUGCUAAAUUAGUGAACAUUUUGGCGCCUUGGUUAGAGUGGUCCCGGGUGGGGGAUAGCUGUGCCGGUUGUGUCUUUUUAUUGGGUCGCGCUGGUUGUGUUCUUUUAUUGGGUCGUCGGGUUUUGCAGGGCUUGCGCAGGGGUAAGGCUGUGCCUGUGGUGUCUGCACCUACGGGCGGCUUGUUGCUUGGCUGGUCGUGUUUUUAGAGGUGCGGCCGAUGUGUAUUGCUAUUGCGUAGGGCUGGCCAGGCAGGGGGUGCGUCGCUAGCAGUGUCGCGGGUGCUUCUCUGAGGUGGUUGCGCGCGGGAAAAUUAGCAGAAUUCUCGCGACGUUUUAGAGGACUGCGGUGGCUGGGGUUGUCCCCCCUGGCCUCCCGGUGGUGGGAGGCCUCUGAAGGCGGCAAAAGGCGAGGGGCUGGGCCCCCUGAGCUGUGGGCUUGUGUGUACCCUCCGGGUCCUUGGUCAUCGGCUUGCUUGCUCUUGGGGCUGUGGCUGCUCUCGGCGGGGGGCCGUGGCUCCUCCCGGCGGCCUCCUGCCUGUGAGGGUCAGCAGAGGCCAGGGAGGACACUCCUGGGAGGAACGAGGCGGGGCGAGUUGAUUGAAAUCAGAACCAGGGACAGGGAUCGAACUGGGCCGGCGUCCCCGUGCUGAUCCAUCGCAGAGCAGUGGCCACCUUCGUCCUGUGCUCACCGUGGCGCUACUUUAUCCGCAUAGCUGCGACCCCUUUGCCCCUGCAAGUAGGAUCGUGCUCAAUUUUUUACUUUCUAGGUGCUGCAAGUAUGGGAGACGCACCCCCAGCAAAGAAGUACACUUACGACGCGGCCACCUUUGUUUCUGGUCAUUUUUUCGCGGAGUACGUACAUACCACUUUCUGCGUGGAAAAAGAUGGCGCUUCGACGUGGAGAAAAACAGAGUUAAGAAAAAGAUAUACGAAAUCUAAACUAUCAGCAAAUGAGGACCAGGCGUGCAGUCUGAAAACAGGCAGUAGAGCUGUUCUUUUCAUUUACCAUUGAGAACAUUUCUGACUUUGAGUUCCUUGGCACUGACUCUAAGGCGGUUUCCCCUGGAGACAUUGUGUACGAGUACGGCCAAAGAGGGAGAUAGUGCGGAGACUGGUGCACCGAAGGCGCCACUCAAGGAACCUCUGCAAAAGAUGCUGGCAACUAAAAUCACGGAUGAGGAGAUUCGUCAAGGCUUGGAGGAGUUCGCUAACAAAUACGGCAUAGCCAUGCAAAAGGUGACGGAACUGAAAGAGGCUCUUGAUGAGGUAUUGGACAAAAAGUGGAAAGGGAAACAGAAUGCAGCUAAUGGUAUUUGUUUUAUUUGCAUGAGUUGCAGUUGUAUCUCUAUCUAUGAUCUAGCUCUAGAUAACUAGAUCGAUCUUCCGUCUUGUCGAUGUUGUAUGAGCUGGCAAUAGCGACACGCGUAACAUCUUGGAGCUAGAAGACAAGAGGACGAAGAGAAGAGGCCAAGUGCUUUUUAUUACAGUGUGUCAGGUCUACGUCUAUUUUUCAGAAAAAGGGGAACGAUAUCAUGCAAGUGAAUUUCAUUCAAAAAGUUUGGAUCGCGAUCAUUUUGUUUGAUCUUUCUUCUUAUUAUCUGUUAACGUUAUCCUCGUUGCCGUUUAACUGAGUUUGAAAUUGAAUACAACGAGCUACAGCUUCAUCAUGCUGCUUUUCGUCGUUCCGAGCGCGAACUAACUCCAACUAACUUCACACAUCAGAGCCGCGCCCUGUGUAUGUCCUCGUGCAUAUAGCAACAAAGCCUGGCGACCCGACUUCACCGGCGCACUAUACGAAUUUUGUCGAGGCAUUCAAACAGAACAAGAAGACAAGCGAGGAGAGACGGGAGGCUGAUGGUGUACAACAAUAUUGGCGAUGUUUUUUCAAGUCCACUAGCACGGCCGCGGACAAAGAAGGUUAAGGGCUUUUGAAUCUCAUCCCGCACUAUCAUCCUAGACCCUACUCGGCUCUUUAUCAAGUUGAAAAGAAGACAGGGCAGACAUUUUGAGGAAUGUAGCUCCGUAACCUCUAAGCGAUGAGUCGCAACUUCGUGGACGUGGACCAAAUGUUUGUUACGGAAGCCUUUCAGAGCGAGGGGGCGGAUUUGUUUCAUCGAACCCCGGGACUUGAUGGCAGCUUUAAGAAGAUUUGGUUGCCGGUUCGCACUGCCGCUUUAGCCGAGGAGAACCCACAGAACGACUGGCCAACGCAAAUAUAUGGCGCAGUGCAGGCCGUCAAGGACCGCAGCCACAUUCGGCACUGGAUGUCGCUUGGCACGGAGUCAGGCACUGCGAGCUUGGAUGUGAAUUUGCCAAAGGGUAGAAAAAGUGGCGGACACUUCACACUUUGGGAUGAUCUUCGCACGCGCUGGUAUGACUGCACCUCCAACCUUAUGAAUCAUAAUCAUAUCAAGCACCAGCAUAAAGAUCGACUUACCACUACUAAAAUCAACAUCGUAAAGACUCCCAAGCAUCACGAUCAAGGACGCAACAGAAAGACGAAGAUCAUCACGAAGGUCGACAUUUAG